GCCCAACUCAAUUGAACAUCAUCGAAAGGAAAAUAUAUACGUCUUUUUGAGAACUGCAUCAAACAUACCCACGCGGUGUUCUCCCCAAGCUAUAACCCUCCCCCUUUCCCCCUUUUCUGAUCCCAUUGUUUUCCUGGCGCCCCAACCUAGUUCCGGCAUCAAAAUGGACCAGCAGCUCGAUGUUUCAAAGCUCAGUGAAGCCGACAAGAAGGAGUUGACCCAGAUUCUUACGAGCGAGGCACAGAAGAGUACAAUCCAGCAGACCGUCCACCAUCUUUCCGAUAUUUGCUGGAAGAAGUGCAUCACCGGAAGCAUCUCAUCAGGCCGUCUUGACCAGGCAGAGGAUACUUGUGCACAAAAUUGCGUGGAACGGUGGAUGGAUACCAACUUUGCAGUCCUGAAACACCUUGAAACCCUACGUGGUGGACAAUAGGUUGUUUUUCUCACCCACGGGGUCACUGAAGAUGGCCUGUAUUUUUGCCUGUGAUUUUCAUAAUGGGCAUGGUCAUAUCUAUUAGCUCACCCAUGUGGAUCAAUCUACCGUUGUCAAACAUGCAGAUUCCCUCAUGUACUACUAGUAUGGAUAGAAAAUAUAUGGUCUAG